AUGCCAGGCUCCCUGCUGCUGGCCGGCGCCGUGCUUGGCACCCUCCUGGUGCUGGCCUCCUCCUCGCUGACGCCCAUCCACCGGGCCGGGUACUGCGCCUUCUACGGCACCUGCGGGCGCAACCCCGAGCAGAACGGCUCCCUGGUGCCCUCCCAGGUGCCCUGCCUGGACAACAGCCCGGCGCGGGCAGCCCAGGGCCUGCUGCUGGCCAAGCUGGGCUCCGUCUGCCCCGACCUGCUGGGCGAUGCCAACCGCACCACCUACGUCUGCUGCUCGCUGGCGCAGCUCAACUCCCUGCAGCUGAGCGUGGCGCUGUCGGGCACCGUCCUGGCACGCUGCCCCUCCUGCAUCAAGAACUUCGCCAACCUCUACUGCCACAACACCUGCAGCCCGGACCAGAGCCUCUUCACCAACGUCACCCGCGUCGCCAACCGCACGGCGGGCGGCGGGCAGCUGGCGGUGCUGCAGUACCAGGCCUACUACGGGCAGGACUUCGCCGAGGACUCCUUCGCGUCGUGCCAGGGCGUGCGGCUGCCGGCCACGGGCGGCUACGCCAUCGACGCCAUGUGCGGGCGCUACGGUGCCCGCCUCUGCACCGCCCAGCGCUGGCUGGACUUCCAAGGGGACAAGAACAACGGCCUGGCACCGCUGCAGAUCGACUUCCACCUGGUGCCCAACGGCACCCGGCCGCCGGACGGCAUCGUGCCCCUGGCGCGCCGCGCCUGGCGCUGCCACGAGGCUCCCGGCGACGGGGAGCGGCCUUGCUCCUGCCAGGACUGUGCCCAGUCGUGCCCUCCGGUCCGUGCCCCCACCGAGGCGCCGCCGCCCUUCCGCCUGGGCGCCGCGGACGGGGCGCUGGUGCUCUGCGCCCUCCUCUUCGGCGUCCUGGCCGUCGCCUUCGUCUGCGCCCUGCUGUGGCGCCGCUGGGUGCCCGGGAAGCCUCCCGAGCCCCCCCUGGCACCGGCGGCCGGGCGGGAGGGCUGCUGCCGCUGCCCGGGCGGUGCCAGGCAGUACGGCUUCCUGGCCAGGGGGUUCCGCCGCUGGGGCACCCUGGUGGCCGGGCACCCCGUGCCGGUGCUGCUGGUGGCGGGGGCGGCCGUGGGGGGGCUGGCAGCCGGCUUGGCCACCCUGCGCCUCACCACCGACCCGGUGGAGCUGUGGUCGGCGCCUGGCAGCCGUGCCAGGCAGGAGAAGGCUUUCCACGACCGCCACUUCGGGCCCUUCUUCCGCACCAACCAGGUGAUCCUGACGGCGCCCGGCGGGCACGGUGCCCGCUACGACUCCCUGCUGCUGGGCACCAAGAACUUCAGCGGGGUGCUGCGCGAGGAGGUGCUGGGGGCACUGCUGGACCUGCAGGAGAAGUUGGCACAGACCACGGCCUGGGCGCCCGGCGGCAAGCUGGUGGCGCUGAACGACGUCUGCUAUGCCCCCCUCAACCCUGGCACCCCGGCCCUGGCCGACUGCUGCGUCAACAGCGUCACCCAGUACUUCCAGAACAACCGAACCCACCUGGGCAUGGUGGCAGAGCAGACGGUUGGCACCGAGACUGGCACCGCCGACUGGCACGACCACCUCAUGUACUGCGUCAACUCCCCGCUCUCCUUCAAGGACACCACAGCGCUGAAGCUGAGCUGCAUGGCACAGUAUGGGGCUCCUGUCUUCCCCUACAUCGUCCUCGGCGGCUACCCCGGCUCGGAGUACACCGAGACAGAGGCUCUGAUCCUCACCUACUCCCUCAACAACUUCCCCCGCGACGACCCCCGGCACGAGUGGGUGCUGAGCUGGGAGGAAAGGUUCCUGCAGGUGGUGAAGGACUUCCAGAGCUCCCAGCCCAACCUCUCCAUCGCCUACAUGGCCGAGCGCUCGCUGGAGGAUGAGAUCAACCGGACCACGGCUCAGGACAUCCCAAUCUUCACCAUCAGCUACCUCGUGGUCUUCCUCUACAUCUCGCUGGCGCUGGGCGAGUACACCACCUGGCGCCGCCUCCUGGUGGACUCCAAGGUGACGCUGGCACUGGGGGGCAUCGCGGUGGUGGUGGGCGCCGUCUUCGCCGCCAUGGGCUUCCUGGCCUUCCUGGGGCUGCCUUCCUCCCUCAUCAUCCUCGAGGUGGUGCCCUUCCUCGUCCUGGCAGUGGGCGCUGACAACAUCUUCAUCCUCGUGCAGGAGUACCAGCAGCAGUCGCAGCGGGCACCGGGCGAGACGCGGGAGCAGCACAUCGGCAGGGUCCUGGCACAGGUGGCACCAAGCAUGCUGCUGUGCAGCCUCUCCGAGGUCAUCUGCUUCCUCCUGGGUGCCCUCUCCUCCAUGCCAGCCGUCCGCACCUUCGCCCUGACGGCCGCCGCCGCCAUCGCCUUCGACUUCCUGCUGCAGGUCUCCAGCUUCGUCGCCCUGCUGGCACUCGAUGCCCGCCGCCAGGAGGCCGGGCGCUUCGACAUGUGCUGCUGCUGUGGCAGGGGCAGGGAGGAUGCCAGGGGCCAGGGGGCAUGGCUGCUGCGCCCCCUCCUGCAGCGCUUCUACACCCCCCUGCUGCUGCACCGCCUGGCACGGCCCCUGGUGGUGUUGGUCUUCCUCUUCCUCACCUGCGCUGGCAUCUACCUGACCCUGAAGGUGUCGGUGGGGCUGGACCAGGAGCUCUCCAUGCCCACGGACUCCUACCUGCUGCAGUACUUCGCUGCCCUCAACCAGUACCUGGCCGUGGGGGUGCCAACCUACUUCGUCACCACCGGCGGCUACAACUUCUCCUCCCCGGAGGGCACCAAUGCCAUCUGCUCCAGCUCGGGCUGUGACCUCAACUCCCUCACCCACACCAUCCAGCACGCCACGAGCUUCCCCAACCUGUCCUACCUUGCCAUCCCUGCCACCUCCUGGCUGGAUGACUUCCUGGACUGGCUGCACCCCAUCGGGCGCUGCUGUCGCUUCCACACCAGCGGCAACCUCAGCGGCACCUUCUGCCCCUCCACCGAAAAUUCCCUCAGCUGCCUGGGGGGCGCCUGCCUGAAGGUGGCACGGCGCCCCACCGUGGCGGAGUUCCAGCGCUUCCUGCCCUGGUUCCUGCACGACAGACCCACCCUGGAGUGUGCCAAGGGGGGUCUGGGUGCCUACGACACCUCUGUGAGCAUGGAUGCCAACGGCACCAUCCUGGCCACCCGGUUCAUGGCCUACCAGCGCCCGCUGCGCACCUCCCAGGAGUACACAGCUGCCCUCAGGGCUGCCAGGGCCCUGGCAGAGGAGAUCACCACCACCCUGCGCCAGGUGCCCGGCACCCCCCCGGACUUCCGCGUCUUCCCCUACACGGUGACCUACGUCUACUACGAGCAGUACCUGACGGUGGUGGCAGAGGGCCUGGUGAUGCUGGCACUCUGCCUGGUGCCCACCUUCCUAGUCUCCUUCCUGCUGCUGGGCAUGGACCUGCGUGCCAGCUGUGCCACCCUGCUGACCAUCGCCAUGAUCCUGGUGGACACCGUGGGGGCCAUGACCCUCUGGGGCAUCCCCUACAACGCCGUGGCGCUCAUCAACCUGGUGGCGGCCGUGGGCAUCUCGGUGGAGUUCGUGUCCCACAUCACCUGCGCCUUCACCCGCAGUGCCCAGCCCGGCCGCCUGGCACGGGCCGCUGAGGCCACCACCAACAUGGGCAGCAAGGUGGUGGCAGGGGUGGCCAUGACCAACCUGCCUGGCAUCGUGGUGCUGGCAUUCGCCAAGGCUCAGCUGAUUCAGAUCUUCUUCUUCCGCCUCAACCUCAUCAUCACCCUGGUGGGGCUGGCACAUGGCCUCAUCUUCCUCCCUGUCCUCCUCAGCUACAUCGGCUCUGGCCCGCGGGAGGCAGCGCAGGAGGCAGCCAAGGGGCAGCAGGGAGCAGGGCUGGGCCUCGGCAAUUCCUGCUUCGAGGAGGACGACAGCGACAGGGACAGGGACAAGGCUGAAACCGGGAAGGGCUCUGGGGACAGGGGACAGGGGGGCAUGGGGGGCAUGGGGGACAUGGGGGACAUGGGGGACAGGGGGACAGGGGGACAUGGGGACAUGGGGUACAUGGGGGACAUGGGGGACAGGGGGACAUGGGGGCAUGGGGGACAGGGGGACAUGGGGGGCAUGGGGGACAUGGGGGACAUGGGGGGCAUGGGGGACAUGGGGGACAGGGGGGACAGGGGGGACAGGGGGACAGGGGGACAUGGGGGACAGGGGGACAUGGGGGACAUGUGGGGUGCAGUUGGGUGA